ACAAGUUACAAACUUGUUAGGAGGGAAUUAAAUAAAACACUGCAAAAAAUAAGAAUGAGGAUUUCAUGUACAUUGAUAUUGAUCUUAUUGAUUUUUGUGUUGAUCCAAGAACAAAACUUUUCAACACAAGUCACAGCAGAGAAUGAAUUUGUGAGAACAGAGAGAGGGCAUUUCAUGCUAAAUGGCAGCCCAUUUUAUGCAAAUGGGUUUAAUGCAUACUGGUUAAUGUAUGUGGCAUCUGAUCAAUCUCAGAGAUAUAAAAUUACUUUUGCAUUUCAAGAAGCUGCAAAUUAUGGCCUCUUAAUUGCAAGAGCUUGGGCUUUUGGAGAUGGUGGGUAUUUCCCUUUGCAGUACUCUCCAGGUUUUUACAAUGAACAUAUGUUUCAGGGGUUGGAUUUUGUGAUAUCUGAAGCUGGGAAAUAUGGGAUUAAGCUGAUUUUGAGCCUGGUGAAUAACUAUGAGGAUUCUGGUGGAAAAAGACAGUAUGUGAACUGGGCAAGAAAUCAGGGGCAUAACAUAGUUUCUGAUGAUGAGUUCUUUACAAACACAGUUGUAAAGGGAUACUAUAAGAACCACAUUAAGAUGCCCCACAGAUACAUCAGCAACUAUAAUUCAGGNGACCCUCAACAUCUUUUAGAGGCAGGACUUGAAGGUUUCUACAGAAAACCAGAAGAUCAAGAGAAUUUAAAUUUCAAAAUCGGAACAGAUUUCAUAACGAACAAUCAAAUUCCGGACAUAGAUUUCGCCACCCUUCACUCGUACCCUGACCAAUGGUUAAAUGGCCAAACUGACGAAAACCAGCUCUCAUUUCUCAAAGAUUGGCUCGAUAAACAUAUUCAAGACACACAGACCAUUCUCCAGAAGCCACUCCUUAUUGCCGAAUUCGGAAAGUCGUCAAAGGACAAAGAGUAUACCACCAAAAAGAGAGACGAGCUUUUUAGCACGGUUUACACAUCGAUUUAUUCUUCUGCCAGCGAUGGAGGUGUGGCUUCAGGUGCCCUUUUUUGGCAGCUUUUAACCGAAAAUAUGGACAGCUUUCGGGAUGGCUACGAGAUUGUGUUCACUGAAAGCCCUUCAACAGUCGAGUUGAUUGCAGAACAAUGUCAGAAGCUUAAUGAAAUUCGAAAAUUGCAUGAUAAUCCGAAAUUUUUAUGA